UGUCAGCUGAGAGGCAGCUACCGCAACUCGAUUAAAAAAAUUUCUUUUCCCAAAGAAAUAAAUAAAUUCCAUAAAUAAAAACUUAAAAAAAUGGGCAAAGUUGUUUCGAAAAUGGGGCGGGCCAUUAACCGCUUCAAUGUCGAGAAUCGAGCACAUCGUGUCCUGGAGCGUGACAAGCCAACAGCAGCACCUAAAUUCGAUUCGAACAUUCAGGAUUUAAAAAGAGCCUUGGAACUUGAUCCAAUGUUGGUUGAAAAACUCAAUAAAAAGGAUUCACAUUUGGAUGACCGGUUGAAAAAUGUUUAUGUAACCUCCGAGGAUCGUUACAUUGACUAUGAUCUAAAGAGACCACAAAGUGAUGAUCGAACUUUACCGUUGGAUAGAAAAAUAGUAGAGGACUUCGAAUACGGAUUCAAAGAACCAGUUCGUGUUACGCCAGGACGAUGUACUCUGCGACAAGCCAUGAAAUUCAUUACAGACCAUCAAGGUGAUCCGAAUUUGUGGACACCAAAAAAAAUCGCCGCUGACUACAAAAUCAAAGAAGAAGUUGUUGAGAAAAUUGUGAGUCAUUUCAUGAGCUUCCAAAUCUACAUACCAGACAUCAACAGCAAAGACAACAUUCUAAUUCAGGCUAAGACAAAACUAAUUGAUGAAAACAAAGAAAAGCAAAAGGAAAAAGACAAAGAUAAAGAACAAACGUGAAUGUAAUUAUCUCAGCUCAAUCACAAAACAAAAGGAUGUAUGCUAUUACUUAGUUUUUAAGUAGCGAAAAGAAUUUUAAUUUAAAGUAAAGAAAAACAUAUUAAAAGUUGUUACCGAGGUAA